AUGAUGUCCGAAGAAAAAAUAAAUCCAAUGACAGAAAAGCCGGAUGAAAUUAUUCCAAUUGUUUCUAAUAACAAACUGCAAGAGGUAACAGAAGAUGCGGAGAAAAAAAAGUUAAGCACUGAAGGAAAUGGUGAUAAAUUAAACCGGCUCGUCAGCGUCAAUAGUAAUGGUAAUGCUAUUGCUAACGACAACAUCAAUUGUUACUGUGGAAAAGAUCGAAAUUUGACCAUUGCUGAACUUUUAUGUGCUGGUUGCUCAAAGUGGUUUCAUGAGUCUUGUGUCAGCUAUCAAUUAGGCAAAUUGGUUCCUUUCAUGAUGAACUACGUGUUUAUGUGUAAAAAUUGUUCAUCGAGUGGUAUCGAAAGUUUUAAAAAAAUUCAAGCCCAGUUUCCGCAAAUGUGUGUAACAGCAAUAGCCAAUCUCUCACAGCUUGCUCAAAGAGAUCCUGAACAACGAAUGUUAUUCCACAAAGACAGAGAUAUAAUACCAUUCAUCGAAUGUAAUUGGGAAAGUAUGACAACAAUGCCACGACGUGUAACUCAAUCAUGGCAUGGAACGAUUCAUAAAACAUUAUUGAAAGACAUUGGUACACUUUUUACAAUAGAUGAAAAUAAUACAGAUGGUCAAUUAUUCGGAUUAACAACACCAGAUUUAGUAUUAAUUAAGCCAAACUACGAGGCAAUGAUAAAAGGCGGACAGAUCAAGAUUACUGAGAUGGGUGUUCAGCAUAUUGCACCCGUAACACCUGGAAUACGUGGUCGUAAUGCCAAGCGUAAAUUACCUGGAGAAGGUAGUGGAGCUGGUCCGGGAAAAAAAGGUCGAGGGUCUGAUUUAUCUACUCCAAAGCUACCAGCCCACGGCUACCCACUGGAGCAUCCCUUUAAUAAAGACGGGUAUAGGUACAUCUUAGCCGAACCAGACCCCCACGCACCAUUUCGCCAAGAGUUCGAUGAAAGCAGUGAUUGGGCUGGAAAACCAAUUCCCGGCUGGCUAUAUCGAGCACUAAGUCCCAGUAUUGUCUUGUUGGCUCUUCACGAUCGAGCACCACAAAUGAAAAUUUCAGAAGAUCGCUUAGCUGCAACCGGGGACAAAGGUUACUGCAUGGUAAGGAGUACGCAUUCUGUCAGUCGUGGUACUUGGUAUUGGGAAGCAACUAUUGAAGAAAUGCCCGAAGGAUCAGCUACGAGAAAAGGUACAAGAUUUCAUGAAAGCCGUGGAAAACAUUACAGUUCAGGAUAUGGCGAAGGAGAUACUUUGGGUUUUUUAAUUGUUUUGCCAGAUACAUAUGACGCGUCUCAUAUACCUAAUCCUUACAAAGACAGACCUCUUGUAAAAUUCAAAAGUCACUUAUAUUAUGAAGAAAAAGAUCAAGUUCCAGAAGCAUUAAAAGCCCUUAAGCCACUUCAUGGAAGUAAAAUUAUUUUUUAUAAAAACGGUGAGUAUCAAGGCGACGCUUUUAUUGACAUGUAUAGAGGGGCUUAUUAUCCAACUUUAUCGAUACAUAAAAAUGCAACGGUAUCUGUGAACUUUGGGCCUAAUUUUAAGUGUGCGCCUUCAAACGUUAAUUUCCGAGGGAUGUGUGAUAAAGCUGAAGAAACAAUGGUUGAACAGUCGAUGGCCGACAUGCUUUACUUGAAUGAAAAUGAUGGAAAAUUGAGACUAGAUACCUUCACAUUAUGA